AUGUCGAACCCUCUAGAUACCGAUGCGGGAUCGGAACUUUUCAGCACAUAUGAGGCUGAGCUUAAACUUGUCGAGGCAGAUGUGAACCAGAAGCUCGAUCAAAUCCCAGAGCUGGCAGGGGAGGAGCGCAAACUUGCGAUUCGAGGGGCUGAAAGAGCGCUCGAUGAAGCAAAAGAAUUGCUCGACCAAAUGGCCCUCGAAAAGUCCAACAUCCCCACCUCAUUACGCUCCAAGAUCAACUCCCGGUUUCGCAACCACCAAUCCGACAUCGAUGGCUUGAGCCGCAAGUUGAAGUCCUUCUCUGCCUCAUCCGACCGGCAACAACUCUUUGGCGACCGUUACACAGAUGAUCCCGAGGCCGGUCCACGAGAUCUCCAGCUGGAGCAACGCCAGCAACUCCUGUCUGGCACCGAGCGCCUCGGAAGAUCAGGCGACCGACUUAGGGAGUCGCAGCGUAUAGCUCUCGAGACAGAACAAAUUGGCGCAUCCACACUGGCGGACUUACAUCAACAGCGUAAUGUCAUCGAGAACACCCACCGGAACCUGCUACAGAGUGAAGGCUAUGUGGACCGCAGUGUCAAGACUCUGAGGGGGAUGGCCCGUAGGUGA